GUAUAAUUAAUUUAAUAAUCUUUAUUAACAAGCAAAUAUAUUUCAAUAUUUGAAAUAGCUAAUAUUGACAAUGUUAUAUAAGUGGACCACAAAUGGUUAACAAAUGGAUCGAGAAAAAAUAUUGUUACUCGAAUUGUUUAUUCAAGAAUAUUCUUAAAAACAUGGUAAUAUUUCCAUAUAAGAUUACCUUUAACUAAAUACAAUAAUUUUUUCAAUAUUAUUUUUAUAGUAAAUUUUCCUUAACCAAAUGUAGUAAUUUUUUCCCCCAUUUAUCAGAUUAUCGUGUAAUAAGACCUAAGGUAAGCCAAAAUACGACCGGCGGAGUUCAAUAUCCUCUCUCCCAAGAUGUACCAAAACGAACCUCACCUCACUUCCCAAAUAUAAAUAGAUAUUUUAUUAUUCGUUCCUGUACUCAAGUGAGCUGCAUGAGUCCCACACGAUGGACUCGACGGUGUCACCGUCCCGGCGUUCCCUGUCUCCUUCCCGCUCCUUCUCCCAUCCGAAUAUUUCAAAGUCAACGAACGUUUCCAGACCCCUCAGUCUAUAUCCAUCCCUAUCUAUUCCCACCUCCCUCUCUCUCCUGUUUUGCCGUGUAAUUUCCUUCCCUAUUCCACUCCAUAUCGGUCUCACAUUCUCUCUCCGUAUUAUUCCGGCACGUAUCUUCGGGUGUGUACCGAGUGAGGAAGUCUGAGGACAGGUGAGAAACAGGGGAAGAGGAGGGUAGAAGAAGCGGAGUGACAGGACGGAUGGGGUGGCGGAGGGCUUCUCGCCGGCUUGGUGUCGCUCUGGCUUUGUCUCUGGUGGUGGUGGAGCUCGCAGGGCGGUGCCAUGGAGGAGUCACCAGCUCCUUUGUGAGGAAGACGGAGAAGACUGUCGAUAUGCCACUCGAUAGUGAUGUCUUCCGUGUUCCCCCUGGCUACAAUGCCCCUCAGCAGGUUCAUAUAACUCAAGGCGACCAUGAUGGUGCGGCGAUCAUUGUAUCAUGGGUGACUCAGGAUGAACCUGGCUCCAGUGCAGUGCUUUAUGGGACUGAUAAGAACAAGCUCGAAUUCUAUGCUGAGGGCAAGUAUACACAUUAUAAGUUCUAUAACUAUACUUCUGGCUACAUCCAUCAUUGCACUAUCAGGAAUUUGAAGCAUGACACAAAAUACUACUAUGCUGUUGGGAUUGGGCAUACAAUGCGACAGUUCUGGUUCAUGGUCCCUCCCAAAGUUGGUCCUGAUGUACCAUAUACAUUUGGUCUUAUAGGGGAUCUUGGACAGAGUUUUGACUCAAAUAGCACACUUUCUCAUUAUGAAUCAAAUCCGAAGGCAGAGGCAGUUCUAUUUGUUGGAGACCUUUCUUAUGCGGAUAACUACACGAAUCAUGACAAUGUCAGGUGGGACACAUGGGGCAGGUUUAUUGAGAGAAGCGCUGCGUAUCAGCCAUGGAUUUGGGUUGCAGGAAAUCAUGAGAUUGACUUUGCUCCUGAAAUUGGUGAAAAAGUGCCAUUUAAGCCAUACAGUCACAGGUAUCAUGUUCCUUAUAGGGCUUCUGGCAGCACAUCUCCAUUCUGGUACUCCAUCAGACGGGCCUCAGCAUACAUCAUUGUCCUGGCAUCAUAUUCAGCUUAUGGUAAAUACACUCCUCAAUGCAAAUGGCUUAAAGCAGAGCUACCUAAAGUAAACAGAAGUGAGACACCAUGGUUGAUGGUUCUCAUGCAUGCACCAUGGUAUAAUAGCUACAACUAUCACUACAUGGAAGGAGAAACCAUGAGAGUAGUGUAUGAGCAAUGGUUUGUAAAAUAUAAAGUUGAUGCUGUAUUUGCUGGCCAUGUCCAUGCCUAUGAGCGCAGUUAUAGGAUAUCAAAUAUUGCAUACAAUAUCGUGAAUGGGAAAUGCACACCAGUUCCUGACCAAUCAGCUCCUGUAUACAUCACCAUAGGCGAUGGUGGAAAUUGCGAAGGGCUCGCGACUAACAUGUCAGAGCCACAGCCCAGUUAUUCAGCUUACAGGGAAGCCAGCUUCGGUCAUGCUAUUUUUGACAUCAAGAAUCGGACCCAUGCUUAUUAUACUUGGCACCGCAACCAGGAUGGUCAUGCAGUUGCUGCUGAUUCCAUGUGAUUUUACAACAGAUACUGGCACUCUGGAUGAUUCUACUACAUCUGCUACAUAAGUUGAGCCACUAGUUCUGAGUCUUUGGAAAUAAAAAUGUCUCAAAUUUUGAGGCAGGCAUGGAUACUUCUCCUUUCUUCGUUACUUCUCUACUUCACCUUUGAAUCGAAAAUCUUAUAGCGGAUUACUCUGCCCAUUUAAAUAGCUUAUUUGUUGCUUUGUCAAUAAUCAUAGUUUGGAGACUAUGAUGUUGAUAUGGAAUUGGUUCUGAAUCUACAAAUCACUGGUCUGAAAGAUUAGCUUCAUUCAAUGAAG